GGAGCUCCUCCAGAUUUUGGCGUCGGAAAAAAAAAACUUUCGGCCGAUGGAUCUCCUCUCCGCCGCCUACGGCGCCACCUCCGACGACGACGCCGACGCCGCCCCGGCUCCCAGCUGGCCCGCCUCAGUCGCCCCGCCUCCCCCGAAGCGGCCGCGGUGGGAAUCUCCCCCGUACCCUGGAUACCCACCACCUCCUCCCCUCCCCACCCCGCGACCGGCCCCACCCCAAGCGGCGCCGCCGCUGGCUGGCAGAAGGUACGUCUCCAAGAGGGAGCGCGCCCUCCUGGCGGCAUCCCAGCCUUCCGUGGGCUCCGCGGCACCGCUUCCUCCGCUGGUGGCGCCGGAGUCCGACUCCCCAGUUGUUGGAUCUUUUGCUGAUUCAAAUGUUCGAGCUGAUAUUUUGCAUUCUUUACGGUGCCAACCAAAGCAUGGAUCAAACAACAGUUCACCUGUGAAGCUCUCAGUGUCUUUGAUGGGUCACACUAAAGCAGUCAAUUGUGUGGAUUGGUCACGGAGUCAUGGACAUCUUCUUGCUUCUGCUGGAAUGGAUCAUACAGUCCGCAUAUGGAACGUGUGGAACAGAGGGAAUACCACUGCUCGAGUUUUAAAACAUCAUACUGCUGCUGUAAAGGAUGUGAAGUGGUCCCAUCAUCGGCCCAUCUUACUUUCCGGGGGGCUUGAUUGUUCCUCACGACUAGUUGACCCUGAGGUGGGAAAAGAAAUCACGGUAUUCAAGGAGGAUCAACCAGUGGAGGUCAUCAAGUUCAGUCCAAGCAACUCAAAUCUCUUCCUGUCUGGUGGGUCCAAGGGUUCUCUUAGGCUCUGGGAUAUUCGAACUGGCUUGACAACUAAAGAGUUCAACAGAAGUCUUGGCACCAUCCUCGACCUUGACUUCAGUGCUGAUGGGAAGCAGUUUAUCUCUUCAACUGACACAACCAGAAGUAAUGUCAGUGAGAACACUAUAAUUGUAUGGGAUAUAUUACGAGAAGUUCCUCUAUCUAACCAGGUUUAUACAGAAGCGUUCACCUGUCCCUGUGUGAGAUACCACCCAUACGAAGCUUCUUUUGUCGCGCAAUCCAACGGCAACUACAUCGCUAUUUUCUCAGCAAGGCCGCCAUUCAAGCUAAACAGGUACAGGCGGUUCGAAGGACAUGGAGUGUGGGGCUUUCCGAUAAAGUGCAGUUUCUCUUUGAGCGGGAGGGAACUUGCAUCUGGUUCGUCAGAUGGCUGCAUCUAUUUCUAUGACUAUAAGUCCUCGAGGUUUCUGAGGAAGAUCGAAGCCUUCAAAGAAGCGUGCACUUAUGUUGCAUACCACCCUGUACUACAUAAUGUGAUUGCUUCAUGUGGGUGGACUGGUGAAAUAUCUGUUCUCGAAUGAAGAACACUGAUCGUUGCAGUGUUCUCUGGGAUUUCUAACUGCAGUUUCAGUUUGACCUAUCGCUACAAGCUUAGCCUGUCUUGUGUUCGGGUAA